AUGCACCGUUGGGUACAUCGACCAUUCGCUGAUCGUAUGGAAGAAGCAAGGAAAAAAGGAAAGAUUGCGCGUCCGAUGAAUGCGUUUUUACUCUACCGAGCUGCCUACUAUGGGAUUUUCAAGGAGUAUUUGCGACAGAAAAACCACCGCAUCGACGGCCAAGUUAUCUCCAAGGCCAUUGGCCUAAGAUGGGGGAGUGAAGAAACGGCCGUUCGUUGCAAAUUCGAAGAGCUAGCAACCAUCGAGCGCCAUCACCAUUCUACGCUGCACUCCGUGCUCAACCAGUCCACCAUCAAGGGGCUCCAGUCGCGGAUAAAGUGGGCUUCAUAA